CACUAGUAGUAGUGCUCAUCUGUAAGCUUCCGGCUAUAUGUCAUUAUUUUAAGUAGCCCGGGUUUCAUGAAUGUGUCCAUCAUGACACUCGCACGGCGUUUUAUCAUCGAACCUCGAGGCAGAAUUUGCAGCCGAAUGGUCACCGAGCGUCUUCAGGUCCUGCUGUUCCUCAGCGCCAUUUUCUUCUUAUAACUGACACUCUUCGCACACCUUGUUUCCCUUUCCGUCUCCCCCUCAUCGUAGCUCUGCCACUCACGGUCAUAUGAAUGGCAGGUAACAUAUCCCAGUUCUACGUUGAGGACGAUUCACCGGAGAUCGUCUACUACCCAUUCGUGGACACAAGCCUCAGCCCGAAUGCUUCUGCGGGCUGGGAACAGUUCUACUCACAUUCAGGCGCUGCUUCUUCUCCAGGUCAGGUUGGUCUAGGAUACAGUCUACACUCUACCAACCUCAAUGAUGCAAGUUUUAUGAUUAAAUGGAACGGCACUGGUAUCGAUCUCCUGGGCAAUACUCUCAAUGCAUCCUAUCAAAUAAAUUUGGAUGGAAUUAACAUCUCUCCCAACACAUCUGACCCACAAUUCGUCCUUGCUUCCUUUCACGAUUUAAACAACACAAAUCAUACUUUGUUGUUGACGACUCUCACGAAUCAAACUACUUCAGACUCGUUUGUAGCUUUCGACAAGGCGCUCAUAACCUAUACAGCCCCCCUUGGCAUCGUCAACUCAACGGCUAACUCAACGACCAUCGAUGAUGACAAUGACAUCGCAUUCGUGGGCCGCUGGAGUUAUGUCACUGACAGCACGGGAAAUUAUAUGCAUGUAUCCAAUACUGCCGGCGACCGUGCUCAGACCACGUUCAUAGGAUCGGCCUUAACUGUCUACGGCCUCGUGUCUUCGUAUUCUGGGAACUAUUCUGUCACAAUCGAUAACAUCACCACUAGCUUCUCCGCUCUAUCUUCUUAUAAUAAUUCAAACGCGCUGCUCUUGUUCGCUACCGAUUUGUCCCAAGAUACCCCUCACACAGUCGUCCUCACCAACACUCAGAACACAACAUUUGCUCUGAGAGUUGGCGGGAUGAACGUUACCGCCUUCGGCAAUGCCACUAUAACUACCAUCUUGUCCUCGUCAAGCGGCUCAAAUUACCGCGGGACCAUUGCUGCUAUUGUACUCGGUGCUGCUCUGUUGGUCCUCCUAGUGUGUAUCUUCAUGUACUGGCUAUUCGUUCUUCGCCCGCGUGCUCGUAGGAGGCAGAAACGGAGCCCCGCCCGCUCCAGGAAAGUGGUGGACGCAGAACGUGUCAUUGACAUCAGCCCUCCUCCAGGCGAGGAAGAUACCGAAGUGGAGAGCUUCAGUACCAGCAAAGGGUACGGAUUCGGACUCGGCCUACAACGUGCCUUCCCCUUUGUCCGCAAAACGAAAAACGGGGGCAGCAGCAGCGGCCAUGUUGACAACACACGCUCACGUUCCGUGUCCCACGUUGCAAUUCCUCACGAGGAGCGAGACGACGACAAGCGCUUCUCGACCAACACCCUCACCAUGGAAUUCACUGCCUUGGGUUUUCCACCAGAAUCCGAGAAACUAGCGCCAGGUUGGACUAAUCCUGUCGCACGCACAUCGUUUGGCUCUAUGGGGAAAGGACACACACGAUUAGGAAGCCACAGAUUGGCGCUUCCGGAAUUACGUUUGGAAGAGGUGGGCGCUGAGGACGUGUUUGAUGAUGAUGAUGAUGCGGAUGCCAAGACCCUCACGUCACGGCAGGAUGAAACACUUGCCGCGACGCUUUCCCUUAGCCCGCGGACGUCAGAAGCGCCAGGCCUACUCGUUUCCACUAUGCGCUCAAUUGCGGGGAUAGACGGCACCGUGAUGGAGAAUGAUGAAAGGGAGUCCACCGUGUCGUCUCGGCCGGGCUCACGGUUUCUGGAAGUGAGAGAGACGAGCCCAUUCAGGGUAGACGUGGGAGCUAUUCUCGGUAGGGGACGUCAGGACUCGCGACGGACGAGCGGGAGCGGGAGUAGUAGCUGGUCUCGGGUGUGUGCUAGACUUUACCGAAAAGCUCACAGAGACGACGGGAAGCAGAGCAUCCACGAGGACAAGCCUGAGAACCACAGUCCUGAGUCGGUCCCGGUUGUAAUGCUCCAAUCAGAAUCAGACCCGCCUUCAAGCGAGGACGCGCCUGCCUCAGGCACUUACUCCUUCCUCGACUUCACCUCUUCGCACUCAUCAUUACGUCGGCAAUCGAAAACAAACACGCUAAGCUCAGCCGCAGCCGAAUUGGGGCACAGCGGAGUCCGUACGCCAUGGAGCGAUAACAUGUCCAUGCGGAUGGUGCGCAUUGAACGCGAUACACCUGGUGAAGCAAUGCGUGCUGGACCUGAUGCACCUUCCAAUGUGUCUCAGGGAUCUCCUACAGAUAGUCCCUCAGAUAAAUCCAAUACUCAUUCUUCGCCGUCUGCACAUGCUACACACACUACUCACGGAUCCUCAUUCCCUUUCCCUAUCACGAUUCCGCCUUCAUCACAUAUGCCACACCCCUUCAAUAUCGACUACCAGCGCGAAAGCGAACGCGAGGAGCCCCAAUCCUUCUCACCCCCUCGUCCACCAUCACCCCCCGUACCCCAGCAAACGCCCGCUCGCCCAGAACCCCGACAUUCAAAUCUUCUAGAGGACGCGAACUCUCCCACAGAGAGCGUACCUUUCUCUGUAUCCGAUGUUUACUUCCGACAUAGUUACUCCGAUUACACCGACAUUGACUCGCGGAGAGAGAGCGCAGUCUCCACCCUACCUCCACAUCCGCCUCUCCCUAGCUCACAGCCAAACACUCCACCACCAUACAUUGUACAACGUGUGCUCGGAAUGACGCCAGUCACUCCGCACUUUCCUGCGGCCCGUCUUGCGGCAGGUCCUGCAACCCAAUCGUCAUCAACAAUUGCAGAACGGGUAUUGCGUCCUGGAACAUCCCCUACUACGGGAUCUUCCUCCAGAGCUCCUUAUCGGAUGGGCUCGCUGAUUGGUCCUAGACCUCGGCCUUCGACUCAAUCUGGGUCGCCAAAUUUGCAACUACCUCUACAAGGCUCGUGGAAUCGUGGACAGCGAAGUGGUGAUCAGUGAGCCCAUGAUGGGUUGCUGUCUUCUCAGACAUAAUGAUGACGAUUUCUUGGACGAUAUCUCUGAUGUUCUCUCAUUUACCCAUUGGUUUUCGGGGAUACCCCAUUUUGCAUGAUCAGUGCUCUGGUCUCAGACCGAGCUCGUUGUCGCUCCCUUGGGUCAUCAUUC